CAAUCUGUCAUCUACGUUCGAUGGAAUCAGUAGUCGUUUUGUUUCUUCAAUAAAAUUGUUGUCGAUUGUCGCCAGUUCGUGCACGACUACCGCUGGCAGCAUAAAGUGUAAAGUGAAAAAGCAAUCUAGAUAGGAACGGAGCAAUCCGGUUCCUUUGGUGCAUUCCACUGAAUAGUGCAUUUUGCAACUUGUCGAAGGCCAACCUCGCUAAAGUGAUUGCGGGUUCGCCGCGAUGUAGAUCAAAUAUUAAGGCUGCUUACAGAUUCAUUGCUAUUCUGGAAAUCUGUAGUUUUAUGUGUACUCGUGGAGUAAUGUAUGUGUGAAUUUGUCUCAAGUUUUUCGUCCCCGCUGCCUAGCAGUUUGCAGCAUUUUUACGGGUUGUGCUCGAUGUCGGAACGAACCCAGAAAAGGUGAGAGGAGAAAGGAAAAAAGCUCACCAAUCAAUAACGGUGGAGAGUGGAAAAAGUUUUUUUUAUUUCGAGCUCCCCAUUCUAGUGCAAAGUGGAUUCCAGUUCCUGACUUGGGAAUAAAGGUGCAAACGUUGGUGGGGAAGCUCCGGAAGAAGUCAUCCAGCUGGUAGCUGGUGCAGCGCAAAUCGGUUCCGAAAAAGGGCCUUUUUCCGAACGAGUGAGUGCCAUUAGUGUCAGUGUUGGUUCGGUAAGAAGUGGCAAUAGUGCGAUGGCUACCACCGGAGCACGUAACGGAGUGAAGGAAUUAAAUGCCAUCGGACCUCGGGUGGUCACAAUCCACAAAACCGAAACCGGGUUCGGAUUCAACGUCCGCGGUCAGGUCAGCGAAGGCGGUCAGCUGCGAUCGAUCAACGGUGAACUGUACGCCCCGUUGCAGCAUGUCAGCGCCGUCCUGGACAAAGGAGCUGCCGAGCUGGCCGGUAUCAAGAAGGGCGAUCGGAUCCUGGAAGUAAACCAUGUGAAUGUUGAAGGUGCUACACACAAGCAAGUAGUCGAUCUAAUCAAAUCUGGUGGUGAUACCUUGACACUCACCGUUAUAUCUGUGACACAACAGGAAGCUGAGCGCCUCGAACCAACGGAAGACCCGGGCGGAUACUCAUAUAUUGAUUAUUCGGAAAAACGUAGCUUACCGAUCAGCAUUCCUGACUACAACAUAAUCCACCGGGGAAAUGAGCGUUACGUUGUGUUCAAUAUUCACAUGGCGGGACGGCAGCUUUGCUCACGCCGUUACCGCGAGUUUGCCAAUUUGCACCAACUGCUGAAGAAGGAAUUUACUGGCUUCAACUUUCCGAAGUUGCCCGGGAAAUGGCCAUUCCAGCUGAGCGAACAGCAGCUAGAUGCCCGCCGACGGGGUCUCGAACAGUAUCUGGAGAAGGUGUGCGCUGUACGGGUCAUUGCCGAGAGCGACGCGGUACAGGAAUUUCUCACCGAUACGGUAGACGACAUUGCGGCUUCUCCGGUCGAUAUCAAGAUUAUGCUGCCGGAUCAUAACGUUGUGCCGGUAUCGGUGCGCAAAUCGGCCAACGCGCAACUGGUUUGGGAACAAUUAGUACAACGAGCAAGUCUGACAUCUUACACACAGCAAUAUUUCUAUCUGUUUGAGAUCGUUGAGUAUAACUUCGAACGGAAGCUGCAACCGCACGAGAUUCCACACCAGCUGUACGUACAGAAUUAUAGCACCGCAUCCAGCACCUGUUUGUGCGUACGGCGAUGGCUGUUCUCGAUCGAACGAGAAGUGACCCUGCCGACGGGGGAACAAGCUGCCAAGUAUAUAUUUUUUCAGGCCGUCGACGAGGUUAAUCGGGGUAACAUUCGCGCCGAUGGACGACUGUACGAGCUAAAGGCUCUGCAGAAUUCGAAAAAAGCAGACGAUUAUCUAUCGCUGGCGAGGACAUUGCCCGGUUACGGUGACAUCGUGUUCCCGCAUUGCGCCUCUGAUAGUCGCAAGGAGGGGCACGUGGUACCGGCGGUCGGUGCGAAAAGUUUCCGGCUGCACGCCUGCCGCGAAGAUGGCGCCUUGGAAUCACAAACCGUCGAGCUGCAGUGGGCGACCAUCUCGCGCUGGGAGAGCGACGAGGAAUCGAUGGCAUUCUGCUUCCAGUACAGUAGAUCUGACAAGCAACCACGAUGGGUGAAGGUGUUCACUCCAUAUCACGCGUUUCUAGCGGAUUGCUUUGAUAGGAUAAUGGAAGAACGCUCCUGGGAUGACACUGGGGAGUAAUCCACCAACUGCGAGCCUUUGCCUCUAUCAUUGCAGACCGGCGACGUGAUGGAGGCUGAGUAGCAAUUAGACAAAUUUAAUCUCCUAACAUAAUUUAUUCGUAACGAAGGCACAGUAAAAAGUCGUUUGUUAGCGAGAGCUACACGAGCACGAGCGCAAUGACUUUACAGUAUUGAUUAUGCCUGACUUGAAAGGAUUAGAGAUUUUUUCUAUGGACGUAAUAUUGUAAACGAAAACAACGUUUUGCUAAAGCAUUUUUUCGUUAAAGUUCUUACACACACUCGAUGUAAUUGUGGUCAAAGUAUUAUGAACAUUCUUCUUAAUUUUGUGCAUUAAACUGUGACGAUAUAUUGUGGUACUUUCAGCAGUAUUCAUUUUUCCUUUUAGGUGAGGUGGUUGACGGGGCUUUUUGAUAGCAAAAUCGUAUGUCAGAAAUAGUUCGCUUACUUCCUAUUGUGAGCUUUGGAAAUAUGCCAAUCUCUUAAUUGUAUUUAAUGUUUCGAGGCGUGGAGCAAAAACUACAACAAUUAAUUUAAACUGAAUGUUACAUGUACAGUUUUGGUAAAAUAUUGAUAUGGCGCUGGAAAAGCUCACAAUUAGGUGAAUUUGAAGGAAUUGUAGGCGGAAUACAAAACAACCAUAUUUUAGAUUGCGAUAUAUACUCAUAUUCGUGUGAGAUAUGAAAUUUAGCAUUAGAGUGAAUUUUCAAAUACUGAAUGCGCCGAUUGUGCAUUAGAUUCGACUGGCAAGUUCGUUCUCAACUCUUUGAGAAGAUUCUCGAAUAAUUUUUUGAACAUCUUCCAUCGCUCCCGUAAUGGAAUGAAAAUAUUUUAGUCGUACAGAACUUUCAUUUAUGAUUUAGUAGUACAAACAUCUUUUUGUCUGGUCCUUUGUGAGAAAUGAAUGUAACGGAUACCGUCUGACGGUUUCUCCACAAAUACUCGAUGGCACGAGGUCAAUUAUCUCGACCGAACGCGUCCCAACGUUGGUUGAUUGGUUGGUUUGUUCCCGUAACACACAAGCUUGGCAGCUUGUGUGAAUUUCAGCAUAGUGACUGGAAAAUCACACUAAAGUGGAUAUUUUCAUCUUCUAGCGGUGUGAUUCUCUGCCAUUGUUCGAAUUACGUUUGCUCCACCAUGUCAACAAAGAUUUUCUUCUAGGAAACUAUUGGCUGCACACUUCCGUGUUCUCCAGUUAUCACUAAAUGGUUUCCGGAACCGUAGUGCUGAACUCCAACUUCAACACCAGUUGAUUCUAUUUCUAAUCGUGAUAACCCUUUACAGUUAAAACACUCGUUACAUGAUCUUACACAGUAAUCUUAGUAUUUUUACACAUUAAUUUAAAAAUUCAACGCUUUAAACUAUAGUGUCAAUGCUUGAAACCACCUCACUGUUAAGCGACUAUUGACUGAAUUUAUCCGAUCACAAGCGUUACGUUGAAAAUAGAAUUGCGUCCACACUAAUAAAAUAUAUGUAUGUGAUUUAAUUAAUCAAAAAAGUAUCCAUAUUAUUUUAAUUAUGAUUCAUGUGAUUAUUAGCUUGUAUGUAAGAUAAUUUUACCGCUAAGUUUUCGUUCUCAAAGGAAACACUAUCCGUUCACUACGUAUGGUACUUACUCACUCAGCUCGUUCAAAAGCACCCAUUUUGUAACAAAGCAGAUCAUAUCGCUUCAUAAAUAGGAUAGUUUGAAGUGAAGUUUUUUGGGUCUGUGGCAAGUGAUGUAUAUCGUAGGGUAACAACACACAUUCACUUCCCCAGCGUUUGUCUAUGACUGUAUUCUAAUAGUAGGGUUUUAUUUGGGAAAUGUCCCCCAUGGUAGGUACGUAUGGUAUUAUAGCUAAUGGCUAUGCUCUAUUAUUGCAUUUAGUUGAAAUUAAAAACAAGAAAUCAUAGCUUGCAGGGGACAGGGUGGUUGUUUUUCGUAGUUGAAGCGUCUGUAUAGCAAACGGAAACUAGAAGAAAUAAAAGCAAACAAUUCUUCGAAGUUUUUACAUUCCAUCUGUAUCAAAACUAUGAAGCAGUCGUUAGAUUUCCUUGAUUUGCGUAGUCAUAGUAAUAUGUUGUAAAAAUUGAAUAUCCGAAAAAUCUUGAUUGCUGUUAUGAAUGAAUCUUAAGGAAUAUAUAGAAAUGUGAUAAACACAAAUGCGUAUUACAUAAGUGGUAGUUUUUGGAGUUGAACCGUGUCUAAAUUAAGCAGCCGUUCAAAAAAAAAAACAAGUAUCCGAUUUCACCCAUAAAUAAGUUCAUUUUGGCAAAACUAGUCGAUCAGAUGUACCAUUUCUGUAUAUUUCUAGUUUUGCGAUUUAUUUUGUGAAAACGAAUGGGUGAUUGUUGGAACUUGCAGAAUCUACAGCAUUGUUUUGUAAAUAUUGUUUUAAAACCGAUCAUAUGUCUCUAAUAUACAGGAUAUUAAUCCCUCUAAUGUUAAGAAACAGAUUUCAAUUAAAACAAAACUGAAGAAUCCUGACCCUGUUAUUAACUACAAUUAUAUCAUCCCAUUUCACGAGCCCAGAGAAAAAAAACUAGAGAAUGCAGAUUUGUGAAAACUUAGAUUUAACGAAAUGUGUUAGCGGUAUAACAACUAAAAAGAAAAAGAUCUUUAUAGAAUUUGAAUAAUGAUAAAGUAUCCAGUUGAUAUCAAUACAAGAUAGUUUAGUUAAAAAACCAACUCGAACAGACGUAAAUCUAACAUACACAUAUUCCUGGCUGACCUAAAUAAUUGCGGGAACUAGUUUGAAAGCUAACAGAUUAGGUAAACCAAUUGCCAGCAAUCAAACAGCUGCGAAAGUAAUUUGUAGAGGUUAGAGAACACAACACGAUAUAAGAAUCAUAUUCAAUAAACAUGCUAUCACUUAUGAUUUAUAAUUUAUCUGCACUGCAACGAGUUGAUUGUGGAACAGAAAAAUACUACUAUCACAUUACAAAUGAAGAACGAUCGCAGUCGAAUGAUA